GUGAAGGGGAAAGGAGGAGAAGGGAGGAGAAGAAGUGACAGAUUUCAUCUUUUAUUAACAGCCUUUAACGUGUUUUUAAGAAGCAGCCAUGGCCGCCUGUCGCCUGCUCUGCCUGCUGGCUCUCGCCUUCUUCCCGAGCUCCGUGUCGGCCGAUCAGCGGAGGCUCUCUGCAGAAAACUUGCUGGUGAUCACCGCGGCAACGGAGGAGACGGACGGCUUCAACCGCUUCAUGAGAACGGCCCGAGAGUUUAACUACACUGUGAAGAUUCUGGGUCUGGGGGAGGAGUGGAAGGGAGGUGACGUAGCUCGGACGGUUGGCGGAGGGCAGAAGGUCCGAUGGUUGAAGAAGGAACUCCUAAAACACUCCGAUAAGAAAGACAUGGUCGUCAUGUUCGUGGACAGCUAUGACGUCAUCUUUGCGUCCGGGCCGGAGGAGCUGCUCAUGAAGUUUUCCCGUCUGGGUCACAGAGUGGUUUUCUCAGCGGAGGGUUUCUGUUGGCCGGAUCAGAGACUCGCCUCCAAAUACCCCGAAGUUCGCACCGGGAAACGCUUCCUCAACUCUGGAGGCUUCAUCGGUUACGCCUCAGACCUGAGUACGAUCGUCCAGCAGUGGAAAUACAAAGACAACGAUGACGAUCAGCUGUUCUACACCAAGAUCUACCUGGACAAGGCUCAGCGGACCAAGUUCAACAUGUCUCUGGAUCAUCGCUCCAGAAUCUUCCAGAACCUGAACGGAGCCGUCGAGGAAGUCGUCUUAAAGUUUGAGAGGGCAAAGGUCAGAGUGAGGAACGUCGCCUACGACACACUUCCUGUUAUUAUCCACGGCAACGGACCCACCAAGCUGCAGUUGAACUAUCUGGGUAACUACGUACCGACAGCUUGGACGUACGAGGACGGCUGCAGUAGCUGUGAUGACGACCUGCUGUUCUUCAACGACGUAGCUGAUGAAGACAUGCCUCUGGUUUACUUUUCGGUGUUUAUCGAACACGCGACGCCGUUCAUGGAAGAGUUUCUGGAGCGACUGACGACUCUGAACUAUCCUCUAGAGAGGAUUCGCCUCUUCAUCCACAACAACGUUGUUUACCACGAGCGUCACAUCCAGCGGUUCUGGGAGCGGUACAGGGCUUUGUUCCCAGACGCCCGGCUGAUCGGACCGGAGGAGAACCUGAAGGAGGACAAGGCCAGAAACAUGGCUGUUGAGGCGUGUAAGAAGGACCCAAAGUGUGAUUACUACUUCAGUAUUGACUCCGAUGUUGCCUUGACGAAUCCGGACACACUGAGGAUACUAAUAGAGGAAAACAAGUCAGUUAUCGCUCCCAUGUUGUCCAAACACGGGAAGCUGUGGAGUAACUUCUGGGGGGCUCUGAGUCCUGAAGGGUUCUACUCCAGAUCUGAAGACUACAUCGAGAUCGUGCAGGGGAAGAGGAUCGGUCUGUGGAACGUGCCGUACAUUACUCAGGCCUACCUGGUCAAAGGAAGCAUCCUGCGCUCCAAACUGCUGCAGGUCAGCCUGUUUGUGGACAAGGAGAUGGACCCUGACAUGGUGUUCUGCAGAGGCAUCAGAGACCAGGGAGUUUUCAUGUUCGUGACGAACCGUGACGAAUUCGGUCGCCUGGUGAAUUCUGCCAACUUUAACACAUCCAGGCUGCACCCGGACAUGUGGCAGAUCUUUGACAACCCUGUGGACUGGAAGGAGAAGUAUAUCCAUGAAAACUACUCAAAGGUCUUUGAAGAUGAGAAGAGCUUCGUGGAGCAGCCCUGUCCAGAUGUUUAUUGGUUUCCUGCGUUCUCAGAGAAGAUGUGUGAUCAUUUGGUGGAGACCAUGGAGGAUCAUGGGGAAUGGUCAGGAGGCAAACACAAGGACGAACGUCUGGCCGGCGGUUAUGAAAACGUUCCCACUGUGGACAUCCACAUGAACCAGAUCGGCUUCGAGAAGGAGUGGCUCAAAUUCCUCAAAGAGUACAUCGCCCCCGUCACCGAAAAACUCUAUCCUGGAUAUUACCCCAAGGCUCAAGCCAUCAUGAACUUCGUGGUGCGUUACCGCCCUGAUGAGCAGCCGUAUCUGCGGCCGCAUCACGACUCCUCCACCUUCACCAUCAACAUCGCCCUGAACAGAAAGCACGACGACUACGAGGGCGGAGGCUGCAGGUUCCUGCGUUACGACUGUAAGGUGGAGUCUCCCAGGAAGGGCUGGUCCUUCAUGCAUCCCGGCCGCCUGACACACUACCACGAGGGCCUCCCCACCACCAGAGGGACCCGGUACAUCAUGGUGUCCUUCGUAGACCCCUAAACACUACCUGUGUGUGUGUGUUUGUGUGUGUGUGUGUGUGUGUGUGCGCGUAUGUGUGUAAGUCUGUGAACAUCCUUCAACCUCAUCAUCACCGUUGUAUUGUCUUACCUCUGACUGGACAAUCCACCUCACCUGCAUCUACCCGUAAUGCACCUGGAGCUGCGUCUUAGUAUCCGUGGCAACACAUAUCAUUUCAAUGCAUCCUCCGGCGUGGUGUGACCGGCGUCUCCAUGACAACCUUCACACAGGAGUCAGAGGAGCGCCCGGUCAGACCUGUCAGAGAACACAGUCACUUUAAUGUAGUCCUGAUUUUCAGUCGUUAACAGAGGUGAGAAAUCCCGGAGAGAUUUGAGGUCUUGAAGGCAUCACUGUCUGGUGGAGGUUCGUCGUCACCGAGAUGCCUUAUUACACCAACCUGCCUGAAACUACCUGAGUAUCUAUGCAAGCAGAACACACUCCACCUGUGUGUGUGUGUGUCUAUGUGAGUGUGUGUGUGUGUGUGUGUGUGUGUCGCACUGCAGCGGGCGGCGGGUUGCCACGGUAACCCUAAUCCCAACACAGAGCGUCUUCUAGAGCAGGGGUGUCAAACAUGAGGCCCGUGGGGCAAGAACCGGCCCGCCAAGGCGUCCAAUCCGGCCCACUCUCCUUCCUGUCUUCUUUUCCUUCCUUCCUUCCUUCCCUCCUGUCAUCUGCCCUUCUUUCCUUCCUCCCUUUCUUACUUCUUUCCUUCUUUGUUUCCUUCCCUCUGUCCUUCCUUCCUUCCUUCCUUCCAUCUUUCCUUCAUCUUCUUUUCCUUUUUUCCUUUCUUCCUUACUUCCUAAUCCCUUUUCCUUCCUUCUUUCCUUCCCUUGGUCCUUCCUUCCUUCCUUCCUUCCCUUGCUCCUUCCUUCCUUCCACCUAUCCUUCAUCUUCUUUUCCUUCCUUUCUUCCUUUUCUUCCUUCCUUUCUUGUCUUCUUUUCCUUUCUUCCCUUCCUUCCUAAUCCCUUUUCUUUCUUUCCUUCCUUCCUUUUGUCUUUCCUUCCCUCCUAUCACUUUUUCCCCUUCUUUCCAUCCUUGGUUCCUUCUUCCCUUCCAUCUUUUUAUUGAUCUGGCCCACUUCAGAUCAAAUUUAUCUGUAUGUGGCCCUUCAACAAAAAUGAGUUUGACACCCCUGUUCUGGAGGAUCGCGUCUUGUGGAAGAAAACGAAAAAUGUCGACAACAACAAAAAAAAACGUCGCUUCUUCGCAGCCUUGGCAGCAUUGUGGUUACCGUAGCAACCAGCCGCGCAGCUGAUACCGAUGAGAAUCAAAAAAUGUGUCAGUCUUUUUUUUUAAUGCCGAUCAAAUCGCUCCGACGCAGAGUCGCCGGUCGCUUUUAUAAAGUUUGACACUCCGAACUGAGAAUGUUAAAUCUGGUGAAAGUAAGAAGUGUGAUGUAGAAAAUAGAAAAUAGAAAAUGCCAAAAAAAAAAAAAAAAAAGACUCAAGAAUGAGCUGAAAUAAAUGUUUUAAAGGAAAAAAGAAAGUAAAGAAGUUUAUAUUUGAAUGCUGAAAGGAGUUUGGUUCAAGAGUGUUAUAAAAGGUAAAACUCCACUUUAAUAAGAACUGUUACUGUUAAAGGCCUUUUUAUAUUUUACUGUGUUUAUUCUUCAUUGUUUAGUUGUUUUAAUUCAUGUUGUUCAUGUCUUGAGAUGUUCUAUGUUUCCAUAUCAUGUAUUUCAUCAUCAUGGUCGCUGUGACGAACUCUCGCCUCCUCUCAGUUUUUAUCUCCUAAUUUAAAGAAGAGCGCGAGGACGAGAGGUUCGAGGUCUCCAGCUGACGUUGGGUUGUAGUUUUCUGUCGAUACGAGGAAUCAACUCUCUCUCUGGCUUUGUACAAACUGCAUUAAAUUAUUUGUUAAUGACUGAGCGAAUUAAGUUUUGGGGAUUUAAAUAAAUAAUUUUACUGUCA